AUGUUUGGUGUCACUGGAACCACGGACGUGACGCCGACUACAAUUACACACCUUCCAGCAAUUCUGGACGCAGGAGAAGAAGAUGUAGAGGGCACUAAAAACAGUGCCUUUGUCUUUCGCCCCCUUCUCGGAAGUCAAGUUAGCAAUAGUAGCCAAAGCAUCAUCAGGACAAUUAACAGUCGUUAUAAUCUUCUCGAUUUGGAUCUACGAAGUCCUCACGAUGUCGAGGUCAGCCAAGACGGUUCAAUGCUCUUCAUAGCGCAGUUGAGAGCCCCUUACCUGCGGAAAGUGGACAUCGUUGAGUCAGGUUAG